AUGUCCCAAUCUACCACUUCCGCUAAUAUUUCCCAAGCUGAUUUGCAAAACUUGGAUGACAACUCCAAGAAGGAUAUAAUGAAUUUCUUGGAAGUCGAAAACUCCAAACAAAAAGUUCAAAUGUCUAUCCAUCAAUUUACUAAUAUGUGUUUCAAACAAUGUAUUACUAAUGCCACUAAUCCUGAAUUAAGUGCUGGUGAAGAACAAUGUUUGAACAACUGUGUUAACAGGUUUUUAGAUACAAAUAUUAGAAUUGUUAAAGGUUUACAAAACAUUCAAUAA